AGUAGGUUAAACUGAGGAUCGUAUUUUUGUUCCUGUGUCAACGAAAAGAAGAAAAGAAGAGUAGCCAGUGAGAACCGGCUAAGCUUUCAUCAAAUAUAGUUUUUUGAAAUAUUACGGAAAAGUGUCCCAAUAUCUGACAGCAGCCAGACAUCCACCGCCUAAACAGAACUCCUUUUGAAGAUGAACUCCAAUGUGGAGAAUUUGCCUCCUCAUGUUCUUCGCUUGGUCUACAAAGAGGUGUCAGCUUUAGCAGCAGACCCGCCUGAGGGUAUCAAGAUUUAUCCCAGUGAAGAAGACAUAACUGAGCUACAUACAGCCAUUGAAGGACCAGAGGGAACUCCGUUUGCUGGUGGCGUUUUCCGAAUGCGCUUGGUCCUCGGGAAAGACUUCCCUGCGGUUCCACCCAAGGGGUAUUUCCUGACCAAGAUUUUUCACCCCAAUGUGGGUCACAAGGGAGAGAUCUGCGUCAACGUGUUGAAGAGGGACUGGAAGGCAGAGCUCGGCCUCAAACAUGUCUUACUUACAAUCAAGUGUCUUCUCAUUCAUCCGAAUCCGGAGUCGGCUCUGAACGAAGAGGCCGGGCGUUUGCUGUUAGAGGACUAUGCAGAAUAUGAGUCCCGAGCGCGUCUGCUCACAGAAAUCCACGCCAUGGGCGGGCCUGGCGGGACCUCUGGAGCACCUCAGGACCCUAAUGACGGCCCACAGCCGAAGAAGCACGCAGGUGACCCUAUGAAGAGAGCGGGACCCAGUGCAGCAGCUGUGCCCGCAGCUCUGGGUAACGGAGCUAACGCAGCCAGUACCACCACCAGCAAUAGCAGUAGUAGCACUAAUAAUGUAGCAGGGAAAAAGAAAGCAGAUAAAAAGCGUGCAUUGAGGCGACUUUAAUACCUCCACAAAAUUCUCAGUGUGUGUGCGUGUGUACGUGUGUGAGCGAAAGAGUGUGUAAAUAUAAAUAUUGAAGUGUGCUGACAAUGUUUUGUUCCCUUUUUUCUGACUCUUUCUACCACCUUUCCAGACUGUCCAAUUUGUACUCAUACCUUAACUUCUGUUUUGCCACCAGUUUGUCCUCUUGGCAUUACAGUGUUGUUAAUUAUUCCCAAACCUAAAGACUGAUAAAAUGUUUGAAAGACAACCCCUUCGCUGCAGAAAUCAUGCCAUCCAUUGUAUCUUGGCCAUGGCCUAGUGUGACUAUAUGCUACAGGGAAAGGGUUUCACUGUACAAGACAUGGCCUCUAAUGUAUUUCCAUUAAUAAGACAUACCUAUUAUUGUCUCAAACUUGAUAUCAGCUCUUUUUAAAGUGUUUCUUGGUAAAUGCGGCUGUGAUGGUACUGUGUACUGCUCAGCCAGGUUCACUCGUGAGCCCAAACCACGAUGUUACUUUAAUUAAAGUCAGGUUUUCAAAUUGAACUCAAAGGAAAUAAUGGUAAAAGCUGUUAAACAAUUGUGCAAGAAGUCUGUGGGUUUACUAUUGGGAAAGGAAUAUUGUUAAUGUCAUGCAACAUUAUUAAAUCUUUUUAAAUAGUCUUUUUCAUAUUGUGAUCUGAAUGAAGUAAUGGUAUGGAGAGAAAUGGCUUUGGAGUAUAAGAGGUCUGUUUAUGUUCUUCAUGAAAUCUCAACCCCCUUUUUUUCUAAGUUUUUCUAAAAUUGUUUCGCUGUCCAGUAUUUUCAAAAGUUGUUUUUAAUUGACAUGUUCAUAUUCAGCUGUCUUGUAGUUGUGUGUGAAGAUCUAGAUCAGUGGCUAUAAGGGAACGGGGUAGGUUGUCAGACUACUUUUAUAAAACAAUGAAUCAUGUAUUCUCUGUAUUAAGCAUACAGUGGUGUGACUUGCUUAAACUAGCCCUGCGUCCCUACAAAGCAGUAUGUGCUCUCAGAUACCCAGCUCUCUGAUCAGCCAUGUGGGUACCUGAGAAGACAUCUGUAGGAAAAACUUUCCACGUUUAAUAGAAUUUGUCUCCCCAACCCGUUGCACUGGCAGGGUUUCCUGGGCAGGUUUUCUCUCUGUACUAAACGCAUGCCGGGCCUACAUUUCCCAAGGAAACACACUGAAACGCUGUCUUAAUUUGGAUUGAAAAUGUGCCUCUGAAUCUCCUGUCACUGUGCAGACUGUUGGCUGGGUAUUUUGUGUCCAUUUUAAAUUAUUUAAAUUAAUAAAACAUUGAAAUACAAGAAGUGAAA